UACCAUCCUUCGUUCCUCCUUCCCGUUUCGUUUGUCUUUCGUUUCUUUCCCGUUUCUCUCUUCUUCGUCUCCGGAAUCUUGGAUCAUCGGCGGCGGCGGCCACUCAUUCUCGGUCUCCGGGUAAAGGGUUUUGAGAUUUGGAUCUAGGAGGAAGAGGGCUUUGUUCAUUCUUCAUGGCGGAAACCAGGCGUUAUGCGAUAAACCCGCAAUUAGAUAUUAAUCAAAUAAUACUGGAAGCUCAACAGCGAUGGCUGCGCCCUGCUGAAAUAUGUGAAAUCCUUCGAAACUAUCAGAACUUCUGCAUUGCCCCAGAACCACCAAAUAAGCCACCUAGUGGUUCACUUUUUCUAUUUGAUCGGAAGGUUUUGAGAUACUUCCGAAAGGACGGCCAUAAUUGGAGGAAGAAAAAGGAUGGGAAAACUGUGAAAGAAGCUCAUGAGAGGUUAAAAUCAGGGAGUGUUGAUGUGUUGCAUUGCUACUAUGCUCAUGGAGAAGAGAAUGAGAACUUUCAACGGCGGAGUUAUUGGAUGUUGGAAGAGGAUUUGAUGCACAUUGUUCUUGUACAUUACCGUGAAGUUAAGGGCAACAAAUCUAGCUAUAGAAGCAUCAGAGAAGUUGAAGAUAAUUCACAAGUGACCCAGUUGGAUAGUUCUGUAAUUUCAAAUUCUUUCACACAUCGAAGUCGUCUGCUUUCUCAAACAACAGAAGCCGAAAGCGCAAAUAGCACCCAGACAUCUGAACUUGAAGAUGCUGAAUCUGCAGAUAAUUAUCAAGCAAGUUCAAGAUAUCACUCUUACCCUGACUUGCAGAGGUGUGCUGAUGAGCCGGUGAUUGAUGCUCGGCUAUUCAAUCAUUAUGUUCCGUUUCAUCCUCCAGAUGACCAAUUUCAUUUUCAAAAACCACAUGUAGGAUCUCUUGAAUCUGGAUUCUAUUCAGUUUCUCAAGGAGACAACACUAAAGCUUAUGACAGGACGAGCCUUGGGUUAACAUUUAAUGCAGCUAGAACGCAAUUUGACUCAACAUGUUGGAAUGAACUCUUGGAUCACUGUACAACAGGUUUUGAUGAUCCAAUUUUUCGGCCUCCAGUUGCUUCCACGGAUCCUGCUAGUUUGGAGAACAAUUUUGUGAAAGAAUCUCUCAUACUUGGUGGGCUUGGAACUGAUGAUUUUAAUUUCAAGCAUGAUGUUGUUGCUAUUUCUCAAGAUCAAUUAAUAUUUCAGGGUUCUAAUGCUGAAAUCGGUUCCUUGCCUAAAUUAGAUGUGGAUUUAAAAGCUGAGCAUUUACCAGAGGGAAUUGACUAUGAUUCUUGUAAUCGGAAGUCUCAAUCAUUGGACCUUGCAAAUAUUGGUGAGGGAGGCUUGAAGAAACAUGACAGUUUCUCCAGAUGGAUGAGCAACGAGCUUGGAGAAGUAGAGGACCCUUGUAUAAAAUCCAGCUCUGGGGUUUAUUGGGGUACUGUUGAUAAUGGAAAUGUUGAAGUUUCUAGCUUGUCUACUCAGGAUCUCUUGGAAACAUACCUGAUGCCUCCCUCACUUUCUCAAGACCAGCUUUUCAGCAUAAUUGAUUUUUCUCCCAACUGGGCAUACAUAGGCUCAGAAACCAAGGUUCUUGUCACUGGAAAAUUCUUGAAAGAUAAGGAGGAUGUGGAUAAAUGUAAAUGGUCAUGCAUGUUUGGGGAAAUUGAAGUUCGAGCCGAGAUUCUGGCGGAAGGUGUUCUUCGCUGUAUUGCACCACUACAUGCCUCUGGGAGGGUUCCUUUCUAUAUCACUUGCUCUAAUAGGUUGGCAUGCAGUGAAGUGCGCGAAUUUGAAUAUCGUCUCAGUGAUGUUCAGCACAUGGAGAUUUCAGAUUCCUACUUGUGCAGUACACAUGAACUGAAUCUCCAUAUUCGUCUUGAAAGAUUAUUAUCUUUGGAAUCUGCUAGCCAUUCAAAACCCUUAUCCAGUGUCCUAACUGAGAAGCAUGACUUGAGCAGCAAAAUCAGUUCAUUGCUGAUGGAAAGUGAGGAUGAGUGGUGUAAUUUAUUAAAGCUGAACCAGGACAAAAGAAUUUCCCCUGGAAAUGCAAAGAACCAUUUACUUGAAAAGCUUUUAAAAGAUAAACUGCAUACUUGGCUUCUCCACAAACUAGCUGAAGAUGGGAAAGGUCCUAGUGUAUUAGAUAGCGAGGGGCAGGGUGUGCUGCAUUUAGCUGCUGCUCUUGGUUAUGAUUGGGCUAUUGAGCCUACCAUCACUGCAGGUGUUAGCAUCAAUUUCAGAGAUGUUCAUGGAUGGACUGCACUUCAUUGGGCUGCAUUUUGUGGUCGGGAGCGCACUGUUGUUACGCUCAUCGUUCUUGGUGCUGAUCCUGGAGCGUUGACAGACCCAACACCUGAGUUUCCCACUGGAAGAACUGCUUCAGAUUUAGCUUCUACUAACAAUCAUAAAGGCAUUGGUGGUUUCCUGGCCGAAUCUUCUCUUACCAACCACCUCUCAAUGCUCAAGUUGAAGGAAUCAGAAGGCAAUGAUGUUUCUGAAAUUUCUGGUCUGAGUAGUAUUGACGAUGUUGUAGCAGAGAGUGUCGCUCACCUGGCUGAUGGGGAGGAGCAUGCUGCUGUUUCAAUGAAGGACUGUCUAAGUGCCCUUCGGAACUCGGCUUUAGCAGCAGCUCAAAUUCACCAAGUGUUUAGAGUGCAAUCGUUUCAAAGAAAGAAACUUGUUGAAUUUGGUGAUGAUAAAUGUGGAACAUCACAUGAAAGGGUUAUUUCUCUUCUGUCAUUGAAACCUUCCAGGCUGGGACAACAGGAUUUGCCUCUGAAUGCUGCUGCUAUAAAAAUACAAAACAAGUUCCGGGGAUGGAAAGACCGAAAAGAAUUCAUGGUUAUCCGCAAACGAAUUGUUAUUAUCCAGGCUCAUGUAAGAGGCCACCAAGUGAGGAAGCACUACAAAAAAGUUGUCUGGACCGUAGGAAUUGUGGAGAAAGCUAUAUUGCGCUGGAGGCGUAAAGGAAGUGGCUUGCGAGGGUUUAGGUCAGAAAACUUGCUUGAAGGAUCAAUGAUGCAAGACCAAUCUUCUACAGAGGACGAGUAUGAUUACUUGAAAGAAGGGAGAAAGCAGACUGAGGCCAGGUUUGGGAAAGCAUUGGCCCGGGUGAGGUCAAUGGUUCAGUAUUCAGAAGCAAGAGACCAGUACCAUAGGCUGCUGAAAGUUGUCACAGAACUUCAGGAGUCCAAGGUCAUGCAGGAAAGUCUUCUAAAUGGUCCAGUAGAUGGUGGAGAUUUCAUGACUGAACUAGAGGAGCUCUGGGAGGAUUCACCACUGCCUCUUGGACCUGCUUGAUGAAGCUGAGGUCUUCUUGCUCUGUUAGUAGUCAUUAGUGUGUAAUUUCUCUGCUCUAUUAAACUGUUCUUGAUUGUUGAUUUACUUGUAAUUGCUUUUCCUCCAUUCAGGUCAUUUGUGUGUUAUAUAGCAUUGAGGCUUUUGAUUAGUUAUGUAUAUAUAUAUAUAUAUAUAUUUAUAAAGGGUUUGCUUGUUAUUCGUUGGUAA